AUGUAUCUUAUAAAGGUACCAUGUUCAUCGGCCAACAUUGGCCCGGGCUUCGAUGUCAUUGGUCUGGCGCUGUCAAUGUAUCUCGAGCUGCGAGUGAGCGUGGACAAGUCUCAGCCUUCAUCACCAUCCAAUCCUCUGAACUGUAUGGUAUCCUAUUCGGGCGUUGGCGCUGAGGACAUUGACCUGAACCCGGAGAACAACCUCCUGACGCGGACGGCGCUCUACAUCCUUCGCUGUCAUAACCAGCGCGACUUCCCCGUUCAGACGUACGUGCACAUCCACAACCCGAUUCCUCUGGGCCGAGGACUAGGCUCAUCAGGCGCCGCCGUCGUGGCUGGAGUGCUCCUGGGGAAUGUAGUUGGAAACCUCAACCUCCCGAAAGCUCGCCUGCUAGAUUUUUGUCUCAUGGUUGAGCGGCACCCGGACAACGUCGCGGCCGCACUCUAUGGAGGGUUCGUGGGGACCUACCUGAACGAACUCGAUCCCGCGGACAUGGCGCGAAAAGAAGUCCCUCUCUCAGAAGUGUUGCCUCAACCGGCUGGCGGUCUCGACACAGGUCUUGUCCCGCCCAUUCCGCCCGAGAAUAUCGGGCAUUAUCGAAGAUUUAACUGGGCCAAGGAGAUCAAGGCUCUAGCCAUAAUCCCGGAUUUCGAAGUCAGCACGGCCAAGGCUAGAGAGGUACUGCCCAAGUCAUACUCACGGCAAGACAUGAUCUUCAACCUCCAAAGGCUGGCACUCCUAACAACCGUGCUGUCCGACUCUCCUCCUGAUCCAGAUCUGAUCUACAGUGCGAUGCAAGACAAGAUCCACCAGCCCUAUCGCAAGACCCUGAUCCCGGCACUACCGGCCAUCUUGUCUUCCAUGUCCCCCAAAACCCACAAAGGCCUAUUGGGGAUCUGCCUGUCGGGUGCCGGACCGACGAUUCUGGCACUCGCAACGGAGAAUUUCGAUGCCAUUGCCGGAGUCAUCCUCCAACGAUUCAAGGACGAGGGCAUCGCCUGCGAGUGGAAGAUUUUGGAACCGGCUGAAGAUGGUGCCACAGUCCACGAGGUGCCAGGGGAUGUGCCGGCUUAUUUACGAGAAAUCAUCAAGCCUCAAAACGGGGCAUAG